ACAAUCAAAUUUCAUUUCAAUAGUAAAAUAUCAUUCAAGAUUUAAAAAAAUGGUGCCAUUAGCCACAAGUCGACUUAUGUUGACCUGGCACUGUGUGUGUCCUGCGGGCGAUUCAACCAACGAAUGGUUGAAAUUAGCUCACGUUCCGUUCAUUUCGUUGAUUUUAAUAGCACAAUGGAGUGCGGUUGCAUCAUCUUUCGCCUUCUUUAUGAAGUUCAUAUCGACUGAUUUAGAGACCGCUCUUUAUGCAGUAUUUCAAAUGGCAGCUUUUUCGCCCGCCGUGUAUUCCAUUUUCGUUACACUUCUUUUGCGGCGUGACAUAAAUGAUCUCUUAGAUCAACUGUCACAGUUCUACAGAGACGCAAGCGACGAAUCGUUUCGAUUUUUGGCACAGGCAAACAAUCGAAGCGAAAAGAUUUGGAAGUGGUUCUUUAUGUUCAUCGUGUCAACAAAUAUCGGUAUCAUUUUGAUGUGGAUAGCAUCGUUGAUUAUUUGUCGGAUUUCACAUGGAUAUUUUGAUACGAAAUUUCUCUUACAUCCAUUCAAAGUAUCCUUGCCUUGGAACCAGAAAACUCUCAUUGGAUAUAUAUUUGAAUUUCUUUCUGAAUUUGUGUUUUCCUGCUCUUACUAUUAUUCCAACGGAACGGUUGUCAUCCUAUUUGUGUCCAUCUGUUUACACCAUCAAGCACAUUUCAAAAUAUUUCAAAAGUCCUUAACUAAACUAAAUGGACCAGGUGAAAACCGAAAUGAUGCGACAUUACUCCGUGCAUUAAUCCAAUUUCAUGGCUCAGCUAUGAAUUGGUUCAUGGCGUCAGCUCAAGUACACAGUGGUUAUAUAUUGGUUCAAUUGCUCUGUAGCAUGCUCAUGAUGGCAUGUGUCAUUUUUCAAAUGGAUUUGGCAUUAAAGCAUUUGGAUUUCGGCUUCUGCUUUAUGUUCAUUGUAGUCAUCAUCAGCGCAUCAAAUCUAUCGUUAUGGUGUUACUUUGGGACCUUGGCUACCGAAAGUUUCGAAAAAAUGGCCUUAUGUUUGUAUGAAUCCAAUUGGCUAGAUCUCCCGAUUCAUUUACAAAAAUAUUACGUUAUUAUGAUUGCCAACGCACAGAGACCACUUCUGUAUCACGGUUUUGGUUUCAUCACCCUGAAUAUGAAUACAUUUGCCAGACUUCUCAAAACUGUGAUUACUUAUUACAUGAUGUUCAAGUCCAUAACGGCCGAAUGA